GUCCUCCUAUUGGCGGCGGGAUGGUGAUGUCAUUACACCGCGACUGCGAACCCUACGUCCUCCGGAGAAGAACAGCUGGCUUCUUGCAACAGGACCGGCUGUGGCUUCUGCGCUCUUGACCUGCAGCCUCGCAGGUGUCAGCUGACAGCGUAAGGCGCCGGGCGGGUCCGGCUGCAGCAGCUAGGCUUUGAUGCUGAGCUCUGGUAAAAGGUUGUUCUCAGCUCUGCUGCACGUUCAGAAUAGGCCCUGUCAGCCUUCGAGAGCGAUGAGACUGGUACAGUUUCAGACACCCCACCUGGAGGAGCCUCACCUGGGCCUGGAGUCGGGGAUUGGAGGGGGAGUCGUAGACCUAAACACCUUUGACCCCACACUCCCCAAGACAAUGCUGCAGUUCCUGGAGCAGGGAGAGACUACCCUCUCAGUGGCAAGAAGAGCCCUGGCUACCCAGUUGCCAGUCCUCCCUCGGUCACAGGUGACCUUCCUGGCCCCUGUCACCCGGCCAGACAAGGUGGUAUGUGUGGGCAUGAAUUAUGCAGAUCACUGUAAAGAACAGAAUGUGCGGGUGCCCAAGGAGCCCAUCAUCUUCAGCAAGUUCUCCAGUUCUAUUGUGGGGCCCUACGAUGAGAUCAUCCUCCCACCAGAGAGCGAGGAGGUGGACUGGGAGGUGGAACUGGCUGUGAUCAUUGGAAAGAAAGGCAAGCACAUCAAGGCCACAGAUGCCAUAGCUCACGUGGCUGGCUUCACUGUGGCUCAUGAUGUGAGUGCCCGGGACUGGCAGAUGAGACGCAAUGGAAAGCAGUGGUUACUGGGAAAAACUUUUGAUACUUUCUGCCCCCUGGGCCCUGCCUUGGUUACCAGAGACAGCAUAACAGACCCACACAAUCUAAAGAUCUGCUGCCGCGUGAAUGGGGAGGUAGUCCAGAGCAGCAGCACCAACCAGAUGGUGUUCAAGACUGAAGAGCUGAUAGCCUGGGUCUCCCAGUUUGUCACUCUUUAUCCAGGGGACAUCAUCCUGACCGGGACUCCUCCAGGUGUCGGUGUGUUUAGGAAGCCUCCCGUCUUUCUCAAAAAGGGGGAUGAAGUCCAGUGUGAGAUUGAAGAAAUUGGUGUCAUUGUCAACAAGGUGGUGUGAUGGUAUCCCUGUGAGCACUGGACUUGACACAAGGUGCGACUUUUGCUCUCACGAAGUUCACUGCUGGCCCUGCCCACUUGAGGUGCUCCUAGGUAGGCCUUGGAAAUAAAUUUUCUCUGAGUUGCAGCUUAGCUUCUGCUGUCUUUUAGCCACACACAAUUCCCCCAUCCCCGGCAGUGGGCCAUUUUCACAGGACUGAGUAAGGAGAAGUAGAUAUUAGACACAUGCUUCAGGCUAGGGAAGAAACUAACCUAGUGUCUUUAUUUAUCACACCAAUGAUGAGUAAACACAGCUUUUCUAAGUUCAGGGUAGCUGUGUCCUAAUGAGAGGACACACCCUUAAGUUCUAGGCUGACAAGUCCCAUCAGGUUCCACUGUUUCUAACUGCAGAUGAACUGUCGAAUAAAUUGUUCUAGCUUGUCCUGGUUGUCCC